AUGAGGUUUUCUAUCGCCAGCAUCACCGCCCUAAUUACCCCGCUGGCGCUCGCCGCCGCAGAUGUUCUUGAGUAUAAUGCAACGCCAGCGGGACAAGUCAUCAAGGAUGGUGUCAAACUCCGAAUACUUCCGGUGGGCGAUUCUAUCACUGUGGGAUAUCUGAGCAGCGAUGGGAAUGGCUACAGGCUUAAACUUGACGAGGGUCUGUCCGCCAACGACGUAGUUUUCGCCGGUACUGUAUACUCCGGAAACAUGACCGACGGAUACUAUGCUGCUUGGUCUGGAAAAACGAUCCAGUACAUCGCCGAUAACGUAGGCCCAUCCCUGGUGCAAAGACCCAACAUCAUCCUCCUCCACGCCGGCACCAACGACAUGAACCCGAACCCGGCCAUCUCCACCGAAGGCAAUGACCCAGCCGCCGCCGCCAAGCGCCUCGGCUCCCUCAUCGACCAAAUGAUCACCGCCUGCCCCGACGCCACCAUCCUCGUCGCCCAAAUCAUCAACACGUGCAACGCCGUCCAGGAGCUCGCCACGGUAGCGUACCAGAAGCUCAUCCCCGGCAUCGUCGAGCAGCGCAGAAACGCGAGCCACCAUGUGCUGGCGGUAGACUUUGCGGCUUUGGGCACUGGCAUUCUGAGAGACGAUUGCAUUCACCCUUCGGAUGAGGGGUACCGCACCAUGGGUGACUACUGGUACGACUUCAUCGCGCAGAUUCCAAAGGACUGGAUUUCUCAGCCCGUGGGCGAUGACCCGGAUCGGUCAAAGGACGAGGCUGGGCGGGCGAGUAAGAAUGUGUCGGGCAGCAGCGCCGCCAGCGUGUUGUCUGGUAGUUGGAUAAUGCUCCUAAUGAUUCCAUUAAUUUUGACUAUGUCAAACAGAAAAGACCAUGGCUUGAAGGAACACGGCCUAUCGGACGAUGCCGUGGAGGCCGGCCACGACUUUAUCCACGACGCAGAAGUAGAGGAGGAGAGAAGGCACAGCGGAGAUCCAAACACGAUGCCAUCGAUGGCGUCGCAGCAGAAGAAAAAUGUGAACCUGGAGGGGAUGCAGCCUAUUCACCCUAUAGGGCAAGACAAUGCGGGCCAAAAGGCGUGA